GCAGUGCACUGGAGGUGUGAGCUGUGCUGUCAGGGAACAGGGCAGUGCUUUUCAUGAUACUAUCUGUCUGCCCACACGUAAAUAUCGUCUAUGGUCCAGAUAUAUUCAUUAUACUGGUCUGUGAAUAUAAUGACGGUGACAUGUCCACACGUGAGUGGCAUGAUCAUAACAUCUCUCUCGGUUUGUACUACCCACUCGUGACUCCCCGGUGAGGGGGGCUGCACAACCAGAAGCUGAGGUCUGAAGGCCUUUGUGCUCAAACUUUACGCAAAGGCACUGGGGCUGGUCACUAAAAUAGUGAAGCAGUGAUGGGGGACAGUGCGGGUCUGCAGUUCGUGAGCUCCUUUGCCUUUGAGGCCAUGCAGAAGGUGGAUGUUGUGAGGUUAGCGGCUCUCAGUGACCCGGAGCUGAGGCUGCUACUGCCCUGUCUCGUGAGGAUGGCUCUGUGUGCCCCCGCAGACCAGAGCCAAACGUGGGCACAGGACAAGAAGCUCAUCCUCCGCCUGCUCUCAGGAGUGGAGGCUGUCAACUCAAUAGUUGCUCUGCUGUCUGUGGACUUUCAUGCUUUGGAGCAGGAUGCACGAAAAGAACAACAAUUGAGACACAAAGCUGGUGGCUCCAAUGGGGAAAGCAUUCUGGUGUCACAGCUACAACAUGGUUUGACCUUGGAGUUUGAACACAGUGAUCCACUUAGGAGACUUCGACUGGCCCUAAGUGAACUUUUGGUAAUCAUGAAUAAGGUGGCAGAUUCAAAUGGAGAGUUUUUCUUGAAGCCCUCAGAAUUGUUUGAAAGUCCUGUUUACUUGGAGGAAGUUGCAGAUGUUCUUUGCAUUCUGCAAGCAGAACUUCCAUCAUUACUACCGAUAGCGGAUGUGGCCGAAGCUUUGCUACAUGUUCGUAAUGGUGACUGGUUUUUGUGUCUGCUGGUAGCUAAUGUUCCUGACAGCUUCAAUGAAGUUUGCAGAGGUCUAAUAAAAAAUGGUGAGCGUCAGGAUGAGGAGAGCGUUGGAGGCCGCCGUAGAACUGAAGCUUUAAGACAACUGUGUCAGAUGAACCCAUCUCAAGCCCUCAACAUCCGAGCCAUGGUGGUGGAGGAGUGUCAUUUACCUGGUCUUGGUGUGGCGCUGACUUUAGAUUACAAACCAGAUGCCGGAGAUGAUGCAGUCAGUCCACUUGUUUCUUAUGUCAGUGGUCUGCUUUUGGGUACCAAUGGAAAAGUCCGCACUUGGUUCAGCAUGUUUAUUCGCAAUGGGCAGCAACGUAAAAGGGAGAGCAGCUCUGUGCUGUGGCAGAUGCGCCGCCAGUUGUUGCUGGAGCUCGUGGCCAUCUUGCCUCGCUCCCGCAGUACCCACGUCCCAAAUGACAGAGACAUGGAGGAGAGUGGGAGCUCAGGGCUCAGAGAAGAACACGUGGUGAAGGCCAGUGCUCUGCUGCGCCUUUACUGUGCACUCAUGGGAAUAGCAGGUCUCAGACCCACAGAUGAAGAAUCAGAGCAGCUGCUGCAACUGAUGACCAGUCGCCCUCCAGCCACGCCUGCAGGAGUCCGAUUUGUUUCCCUCUCUUUCUGCAAGCUGCUGGCUUUUCCUACUUUGGUCAGUACCCCUGAGCAGGAGCAGCUCAUGGUUAUGUGGCUCAGUUGGAUGAUAAAAGAAGAGGAGUACUUUGAGAGUGCCGCAGGCGUGUCUGCUUCCUUUGGAGAGAUGCUAUUACUGGUUGCCAUGUAUUUCCAUAGCAACCAGCUCAGCUCUAUUAUUGAAUUGGUGUGCUCUACUUUGGGGAUGAAGAUUGCCAUCAAACCCAGCUCUCUAAGCAAAAUGAAGACCAUAUUUACACAGGAAAUAUUUACAGAACAGGUUGUUACUGCUCAUGCUGUCAGGGUGGCAGUGACCAAUAAUUUAAGUGCCAACAUCACAGGAUUCUUGCCCAUCCACUGUAUUUAUCAGCUGCUUCGGAGCCGUGCCUUCACCAAGCACAAAGUUUCCAUCAAGGACUGGAUCUAUCGGCAGCUUUGUGAGACCACUACCCCGAUUCACACUCAGCUGAUCCCACUCAUCGACGCAUACAUUAACUCCAUCCUCACUCCAGCAUCCAAAGCCAACCCAGAGGCCACCAAUCAGCCAAUCACAGAGCAGGAGAUUCUCAAUGUGUUUCAAAACUCUGCAGGGCUCGCUGAUGGGAGUAGAGGGGCAGGACGGCCACGUUACUCCAUCACAACUCAACUUCUUAUUCUUUAUUACAUCUUGUCUUAUGAGGAGAACCUGUUGGCCAGCACAAAGCAAUUAGCCGCUAUGCAGAGAAAGCCCAAGUCAUAUUCGGCUUCCCUUAUGGACCAAAUUCCCAUCAAGUAUCUGGUUACCCAAGCUCAGGGACUGCAGCAGGAGCUUGGGGGUCUCCAUUCAGCCUUGUUGAGGUUGCUGGCUACAAACUACCCACACCUCUGUCUGGUGGAGGACUGGGUCUGUGAGGAGGAAGUGACUGGAACUCUGCCUUUACUGAGAAAGAUGAUGCUGCCAAGCAACACCUGCAGAUACACGCAGAGCCAGCUUCAUCAGGCUUUCCAGAAGUUACCCUCGAGCAGUCCACGGUUGAUGCGCAUCCUAGAACAGCUCUCUCUACUGCCACCUGCUGAUCUCAUCCCGUACGCAGAGACGCUUACGACCAGUAUGGCGUUGCUGCUGGAACCGUCAGUCCCGCGGAGGAUCGUUCAAACUCUCAACAAGCUGUGGAUGGCCCUCAAUACUGUGAUGCCCCGAAGGUUGUGGGUGAUGACAGUGAACGCUCUCCAGCCUUCAGCCAAACUCCUCCGGCAACAGAGAUACACCCAGAAUGACCUGAUGAUCGACCCUCUCAUCGUCCUCCGCUGUGACCAAAGAGUUUUCAGGUGUCCUCCUUUUAUGGAUAUCGUCCUUCACAUGUUGAAUGGAUACCUGUUGGCCUCCAAAGCAUACCUCCACUGUCACCUAAAGGAGACUGCAGACUUUGACCGGCAGAGUCUGACUGUGUCGAGCCUCGGGGCGCCCGGGCAACCAGACACACCUGAGGUUACGCGAGAGGAGCUCAAGAACGCAUUGCUGGCAGCUCAGGAUAGCGCUGCGGUCCAGAUCCUUCUGGAGGUGUGUUUACCAAACACAGAGGAGCAGCAGUUGGGGGCCAGCACAGAGAGCCUUCUGAAGAGCAUCAGGGACCCUCUGCCUGUGAAAUCCAAAGAGGAGACCCCUGGAGCUAGAGCCAGUGGGAGCACAGAGACAGCAGCAGAGUCAGGCCUGUUCAGUGACCUCAGGGAGGUGCAGUGUCUCAUCUGUUGUCUGUUGCACCAGAUGUUUAUCGCUGAUCCUAACAUUGCCAAGCUCGUCCAUUUUCAGGGUUACCCUCAAGCUCUGCUGCCUCUGACUGUAGCAGGCAUCCCCUCCAUUCAUAUCUGUCUGGACUUUAUCCCAGAGCUCCUGGCACAGCCCCAGCUGGAGAAGCAGAUCUUUGCCAUCCAGUUGCUAUCACAUCUGUGUACACAAUAUGCCCUUCCCAAGUCGCUCAGUGUGGCCCGUUUAGCCAUUAGUGUCAUGGGGACACUUCUCACAGUCCUGACCCAUGCCAAGCGCUUUGCCUUCUUCAUGCCCACACUGCCAUGCCUGGUUGCGUUUUGCCAAGCCUUCCCUCCGCUGUACGAUGAUGUGGCUGCUCUAUUGGUACAGAUCGGACAGGUCUGUGCCUCUGAUGUUGCCACCAAAGCCAGAGACAUCGACCCCCUGAUCGCACGCCUUCAGUACAUGAAAGAGAAACCCCAAGAGGUGAUGGUCUCUGGAGGAGGGUCUUCUAUGACGUCAGCCCAGAGAACAGCAGAGGAACUGGGGGGCUCAGACCCUGACGUGCAGCUGUGCUACUGUGUGGAGGCUACGUUUAUGGACAUCAUCAGCUCCACACUGCACAGACUAUAGACUCAGUACCACAGGUUUCUGACACAUAACCAUUCAUUUAUUCACAAAAAAGUGAAUAAAUAAUUAAUGGUAUUGGUCAGAAUUAGACUAGACUUAAUAAAAGCAAAAUCAUAAUACAGUAAUUACUAAAAUUAAGCCUAAAUUGAUGUAAGAGGGAUACUGGCUAACUAUUCAUGAAAGAGCUUUGGUCAAGUUUAGGUAUUUUUUGUUUUUGUUGUAGCACAUACUUUUGUACAGAAUGAUUAAAUAAUUUUUAAACAAAAAUGGUCAACCAUCCAGACGAUAAUAAAUUAUUACUCUGAUGUUUGAAGGUAAUUGUUUUGUGUAUUGUAUUAUUACACUUUGUAGAAAAUGUAUGUGCUGUUAGUCAAAUUGUAAAUGUAUUUUUCUAAAUAUUCUUUUCUACAGCUGAAGCACACGGCCUUAAAUUGUAGCGCAUUUGUACUUUUGUUGUUUGUAGUAAAACAAGUGUCAUAUA